AUGAGCGACGACGAGAACGAACAGCGCGCGACAUCGGCGAUCGAGUCUGCUGCUGUUGACGAUGCUGUCGAUGCUGCUGCUGGCACGGUGACCGAGGUCGCGGCUGGCGACGAGACACCCGGCGGCGUGCGUGUCAGCGAGGCGAGUGGAGCGGCAGAAGAGCGCGUGGACGGCGACCAACUGGGCGCCAACGCAGCACCAGCAACAGCGCAGCCGGAAGCAGCCCCGGCUCAGCUGCGACAGCGCCGCGGUGCCCCGUCUGCCAGUGCUGCUGCCACUAGCGAGACCAGCGAGACCAGCGCAGGCAGCAGCCAGGACAAGGAUGGCGACUCGGAUGAUGGGUUUGAGCUCCUCCCUGCUCCUGACGCCAAGCAGCAGCAGCCUCCGCAGCAGCCUCCGCAGCAGAAGCAGCAGAAGCAAGCUACCGUGUCUGCUACUGCCACUGCCACUGCCACUGUGACCCCGGCGGCAGCUUCGUCGAGCACCGACUCGUCUGCGUCGCCGCCCAAGAAGCGCUCCGUCACCAUUUCCGAGCAAGGCCGUCGCGGCAAGACUCCCGCUGGCAAAGAAUUCUUUGUGCCAACCACGCACGACCUGCUGCGCAACUUGAGCAACUUUUCCAAGUUCAACGUGUUCGACCUGUGCAACAUUGGCACGAAUGCCUUUUUCAUCUUCCUGUUCUUCUUCUCGAGCCUUCCUGCAUGGCUCUACGUCUUCUUCUUCUUCUUCUGGCGCCUUGGGUAUGACGCUGGCCUGGGUGCGUUGCUGCACUACCAAUCCAACGGCAAGCAUGUCGUAAACUAUGUCCAGAAGCUGCUCAACCAGCCUGCUCCUCGCGCCUUCAUCAAGGCUCAGCUCACACGCAAGAUGGGCGACGACUACAACUUUGAGGCUGUCCCGAUCGAGUACAACGCCUGGCUCCUGUUCCGCCAGCUGGUCGACAUCAUUCUUGCCAACGACUUGAUUUGCUAUUUCUUGUUUUGCAUGAAGUUUGCCGAGGCGCCGGAAAGCUUUUCCGUCUUUGUCGUCGCCCAGUACAUUGUGGGCGUUGCGCUCUGUGUCGUGAACUUCUGGGUCAAGGUCGAUGCUCACCGAGUUGUCAAGGACUUUGCUUGGUAUUGGGGCGACUUUUUCUUCCUGAUCGAGCAAGAGCUUACGUUUGACGGUGUUUUCCAGAUGGCCCCGCAUCCCAUGUACAGUGUUGGUUACCUGUUCUUCUACGGCAUGAGUCUGGUGACUCGUUCGUACAUUGUCUUGUACAUUAGUCUUGCGGCGCACUUUUGCCAGUUUGUCUUUCUCGCUCUCGUUGAAAAUCCCCACAUUGACAAGACUUACAACACCGGCGGUCCCGCCCCCGAUCCAGCCCAGACUCAAAUCUUGCACCAGUACUUCCGUCGUGAUCUCAUCGUCUUCCGCAACAUGGGUUUAUUUCCUAGCAACCACAAGUUCUGGACCAACCAUUUCAUCUCGCGUGGCAUGACCAAGGAGUUUGCCUUUGAGCAAUGGAAGACCAUUUUCAACGGCUCCAUGACCCUCACGUACGUCACUUUCCUCGUGUGCGCACUGAAAAUGUACGAGCUGCCCGAGGAAUGGACUUUGGGUGCCGUGUUCGCCAAGCACACUGUCGGCUUGGUCCUGGUUGCGUUGCACAUCUGGGUUUCCUCGUCCAUGUUUGAGGUUCUUGGUGAUUUCGGAUGGUUUUAUGGUGACUUUUUCAUCGAAGAGUACCAGAAGGAGAUUUACUACCACGGCAUCUACCGCUUCCUCAACAAUCCCGAGAAGGUUAUGGGCUUUGCCGGCUUUUACGGCAUUGCUCUGAUCUCCAACAGCCCUGCCGUUUUUGUUCUUGCUCUUGUCUCCCAGGUGAUCUGGUCCUUGUUCCUGACAUACGUGGAAAACCCUCACAUGCGCAAGUUGUACGGCGACAAGCUCCGUCACGAGUCUGGCCUUACUUCGGCCCUCAAGGUCAAGACCGAUGAGAUCAAGGUCAAGGUUGUUGAUCGCGUCGAGCCCCUGAUCGACAAGGUUCCCCUGCUCGCCAAACAAUACCGUCGCACCAGCAGUUUGAAGUCCAUCCCCUCGACUGAAAAUCUGAAUUCGGCUGUUGUCACGGAAAAGCUUUGCGAGUUCAUGGCGGAAGCCCUCGAAGUCGAAAAGAUCCGCCCUACUGACAGCUUUAUUGCGCAUGGCGCCAACUCGGUGCGCCUGUACUACCUGCUCAACCUCGUCAACACCACCUACAAGACCGAGCUUGCUGCAGAGCAUGUUGUCGAGAGCUCAACCCCUGCUGCCCUUGCUGAGCGUGUGCUUGCUGCUCGGCGGUUACUUCAGUAG